GUUUCCGAAAUAGUUAUGAAUCUUAUACUGGCUGUAACCACGGCUCUGCAACUAGUUUUGGUGGCACUGGCGCAUACCCCGCUAUCAAUUCGUGGCGAAAGCCUCUCUGAUGGCAUUCGUCUGGUCAUGGAAAAGCGGUCGGGCGAUGUAGUACACAUUCGCCCGGCUCGUGGCACACUGGAGGCAGAGGCAGUCGGAUCCACCACCAAUGGUGACACCCACCGCACCAGGAAUAAUCGCAAGGCGAACAAGCCGCAAGAGCACUUCCAGCACAAGUCGGGCACCAGAAAACUAGUGGUUGCGGAAAAUGGCGGAGCACUGUCAUCACAGAUAUCGCAACCAAAUCACAAACAAGGCCACAAAAACGCUGAUAAGCAACCACGCCAAGGAGGAACCAAGCAGCAGCGCGGACAUGGCCAACAUCAUGGAGGCAAUAGAAAGGGACCCAAAGCAGUGACUCCAGAGAAUGGGUCGACUUGCCGCUACGCCAAGAGUGCUUGGUCCAAUUGUGAUCACAAGACGAACAUGCGCUCGCGAGUGCUGUCCCUCAGGAAAGGAGAGCAAAACUGCCUGCCAACGCGGACCAUAAAGAAGAAGUGCAAGAAAGGCUGCCGCUAUGAGAAGGGUGAAUGGUCUCAGUGCGUCGGAGGACAAAUCACCAGAGAGGAUAAACUGGAACCAGAAGCCACUGGCGGUAGUGAUCAGAACUGCAAUCCUGUGCGUACCGUCAGCAAGAAGUGCAAGGCCAAUGGCAAUUCCAGUGGAGGAAAGCAACAUGGCCAGAGUCGUCGAACAAAGGAGCAAAAGCAGAAGGAUAAGGGAGUCGGCCGCAUUUCGACUUAAUAAUGCAAAUUAUUUAUUUUAUACGUAUACGGAAGCAACAUUUUUAACAUUAAAUAAGCAAUUUUUAAGUGCUAGCCCGUACGGACUACAUGAACGACAAUAAAGAAUUGGUUUUGUUCAGAGCCUUUUUAAUGACUAAA